AUGCCACCUGCCCGGCAGGGGCGGCUGCUCCGAACCAAGCAGGCUAUCCGGAGGCUCCUCCGGGGCGUUGGCAUCGGCCGCGCUGAGGAAGCCGCCGAUGUUGAACCUUCCGGCCGCGUUGAGGAAGCCGCCGAUGUUGAAUCUUCCGACAACGCCGAGGCUGGCAACAUUCAAGAGAACAGAAUCGCCGACGAAACCGAGCUCCGCUGGUUCCUACCGAAGUCCAAUCGCCGUCCACUCUGGGAGCGGCGGGGCCGCCCUGAAAUGCCGUCAUUCCUGGUCCCUUCAAUGGAUAUGGUCCCGAUGGAUCGAUGGAGUAUGACCGUGCGGCUGGUUAGUACACCCUAUUUUUCGCAGAUGCUCAUCAGAAAAUAA